CGUCACGUUGCCUUGCGCCCUCUGCGGCUCGCCUCGCUUCGCCUCGCCCCGCCUCAAACCUCCCGAUGAGAUGACCCGAGCACAUCUCGUUGAGAGUGCCGAGGACCAAGGGGAAGCGGAGGAGGGCUUCCUCCCCACGCGGGACCUUCCGCGCCUGUCUCGUCGAAGCGGCUCCCAGCCCUCGCUCUCGUCGAUCCAGGCCGGCCUCGAGGCGCUCUCGAGGGCCCUGGGCCUGCAUCUGUCCGCUGAGCACUACUGGGUCGACCCUCCUACUGCUCCGUUCGCAAUAGAGGACGAGAUAGACGAGGGUGAAGACGACGAGGAGGAGGACGAGGAGGAAGAGGAAGACGCCUUUGAGCUCCGGUACGCCAAAGACUGGCUCCUUGGUCUCGUCUCGCUCUGGACGCUGGAGCACGAGGCAGACGAACAGGAGGCGCGGGAGGCCGUCCUCUCGCGAGCCAGCCAGCUCCUUGGCUUUCUCGCGGGCAAGUCCGCCUCGGGCACUCUCCGUCGCAUCUACCAUUUCCCCCUCGGAUCAUCCCGCUCCGAGGACGAGGUUGGAAGAAAAGAAGGAAGGGGCGUGGUGGUGCGUGUAUGCACGACGGAGUCGACGCUCAAGGAGGACGCGCUGGGCAAUCGGACCUGGGGCUCGGCUCCGCUGCUCGUGCGUCACCUCCUGCCGCGUUUCGAGGCGCUACUGGCGAGCGCAAGCGCAAGGGAAGGUGGUCGGGUCAUCAAGGUGCUCGAGCUUGGAGCAGGCACCGGCUUGGUCGGCCUGGCCCUGGCGGAUCUGGCGCGCAGAAUGGGAGGUCACGCAAGGGUAGAGGUGUUCCUGACCGACUUUCAUACCGACGUGCUAUCGAAUCUGAAACGCAACGUCUGCGCCAAUGGCUGGACCCUCACCGAGAGAGGUGCUUGCGCUGACGAUGACGAGGAGGAAGCAGCAGCAGCAGCGAGAGUCAAGGUGCUGGUGAAGCGCGUCGACUGGAAGGACGUGCAUGACGGCAAGGCGACGGACAUUUCCGGUCUCGAAUUCGAUCUCAUCGUCGCUGCCGACUGCACAUACGAGUCUCUCCACACAACGUGGAUCCACUCCCUGGCCACGAAACACCUCGCCCGACAGUCGCGCCAUGCCUCUGGGCCCAACAGCAGCAUCGCUGGCGCCCUCCAUCUCCUCUCAGCCUACCGUCCAACGCACCUGCAAGAAUUCGACGACCUCUACCGUAUAUUCCCGCGCUCCUCCUCUUCGUCCCAACGACUAGAAGAGACGCUGUGCAUCGCGCAGGAAGACGAGAUCGACGGCUUCGACGACUUUGGCCCGCCGAAGCUGCUGUCCCGUCGGCAGUCCCACCGCAACGUUCACGAACACCGACGCGGCGGACAGUCAGCAUCAAUGUCGCCCGACAUUGGCUUCGCGAGGAGGCUGAGCGGCACGCCGACCAAGUUCAGGCGGUACGAGAUCCGUUGGAGCGCAGCAGGCUAG